AUGGAAUCAAAAACUUUCGGAAAUCUAUAUUCCGGGAUCCAGAAUGGGGUCAACAAUGGCAUCAUCAAUUAUUACGCCUCGACCCACCCCGAGACACCUCCCUCUCCUAUAUUUGCAGUUCCAUAUCAGAGAGAUUUAGAUUUUGUUGACCGCUUGGAUGAACGUGGAUCAAUUCUCAAUCAAGUCGCUGGCAUCUGUUCAAAGCCUGGGUCAGGAGUGGCGCUUGUGGGCCUUGGUGGGGUUGGCAAGUCCGGGCUUGUCAUUGAGUAUUGUUAUCGUGUUUAUGAGAAGUCUCCCGACAUUUGGGUUUUCUGGGUCCAUGCCAGCAAUAAAUCCCGAUUCGAAUUGAGCUAUAAGAAUAUUGCUGAGCAGGCCAAGAUACCUGGCCGUCAGGACCCUAACUCCAAUGUCUACCAGUCAAUACAAAACUGGUUUCAAGAUGGAAAAAGGGGGAAGUGGAUUCUCGUUCUAGAUAACCUCGAUGACGACGAGUUUUUCUGCACACCCAUCGCUCCAGGAAAGCCACUACUCAAGACUUUCUUGCCUCAAAGCCCCAGUGGAUCAAUUAUCAUAACGACUCGAAGUUGGAGCAUUGCAAGGAAGUUUUUCAGUGAGCGCAGUAUCAUCUCAAUUGGUAUAAUGGAUGAAUACUCAGCAUUAGACCUUUUGCAAAAGAAGCUCGCGACAAGAGAGGCAGGAGACGGAAAUGAUGAUGCAAGACAGCUUGUUGGAACCCUUGGUUAUUUUCCACUUGCCAUUGUCCAAGCAGGUGCAUUUAUUGUGCAGCGUUUGCCCCGGUACUCUAUAAAGCAAUAUUUGAAAGAUUUUUUGAAGAGCAAGCAAAAGCGAGCAAAGCUCCUGGGUCACGAGGUGGAGAAUCUCCAACGAGACAACGAAACAAGCAACUCUAUCAUGGUAACAUGGCAAAUCUCUUUUGAAUAUAUCAACAAAAAGCGGUCAUCAGCUGCUGAUCUUCUCGCGCUUAUGAGCUUCUUCGACAGACAAGGGAUUCAAGAUGAAUUGCUUCAAACUCCGCCGCGGAACAAUGCAAGUCUGAGCAGAGACUCCAGAAAACAAGAUGACAACGACAGCGAUGAUGAAAGUGAAUGGAAUGAGGUCUUCGAAGAUGAUUUGGUCAUGCUGAAAGACUACUCGCUGAUCUCCAUCUGUCCCGAUAAAAGAACGUUUGAGAUGCACCGACUAGUACAGCUUGCGAUACAUCAGUGGCUAAAGUCUCACGCGAAAUUUGACGUUUCGCAUGCUCAAUUCAUCAACCGCCUUUAUCGUGAAUUUCCAUUCCCCCUACAGAUAUUCAAUCGCUGGUUGGAAUAUCAGUCUUGGUUUCCACACGUGAAACUGGCGAUGGAAUAUCGCCCCGAGUCAAAUAAAUCCCGUAGAGAAUGGGUCACCCUUCUUUAUAAGGGCGCAAACUUUGCAAACGAAGCCGGAAACCUAGACGAUACGGAACAGAUCACAAUGAAAGCGAUAGCAGAACACGAGGAGCUGCUAGGUUGGGACCAUCCGGAAACGAUUGAAUGUCACUUCACGAUAUUUUCGUUGCAUUCACGAAGGGCGCAAUGGCCCGAACUCCAAAGUGCUGCCAGUCAUUUACUUACAAGAAGUCGGCUGGUGCUGGGCCCCGAGCAUCCUUGUACGGUUAUCACCAUGGGUUACCUGGCUUUAGCCUACAACCGGCAAGAUCAACUAGAAGAUGCCGAGAGGGUAGAGACGCAAGUUCUGCACGCCUCCAGGAAGAUUUUUGGGGAAGAGGACCAAAGAACCCUCUCAAGCAUGAAUAGCUUAGGUUUCGUGUACAGAAGGCUCGGUCGUUAUGAGGACGCUGAAUCAUUAAGUAUAAAAGUUCUCGAGGUUCGCAGAAAGAUACUUGGCGAGAAGCACCUUGACACGCUCAACAGUAUGGACACCCUGGCAAGUCUAUACGAUCUACUUGGCCGAUACGAGGAUGCCGAGCCUCUAGGAGCCAAAUCAGUGGAGAUCCACAAGAGCGUUUUCGGAGAGCAGCAUCUUGAUACGAUUGCCAGCAUGAACAUACUGGCAAGCAUAUACAAUCACCUCGGCCGAUACCAAGAUGCCGAGCGGCUUGGAACAAAGGUGCUGGAUAUCCGUAAGUCUGUGCUUGGAGAAGAGCACCCUGACACGCUUGAAAGCAUGGAGAUCUUAAGAGACGCCUAUAAUUGGCUCAGUCGACCCGAAGAAGCGGAGUCGUUGGGGCAACAGGUACUAGAGAUCAGUAAAAGAGUUUAUGGAACUGAUCACUCCUAUACCCUUACCCAAAUGCGUAGGCUUCACGCAAUAUACCAGAGCCAAGGUCGAUUUCAAGAUGCAGAACCUCUUCAAGCACAAAUAGUUGAUAUCUCCAUGAGAACUCUCGGAGAGGAGCAUCUUGACACCCUUCUCGACAUGGCUGUCCUUGCAGAUGUGUAUGAUGGCAUAGGUCGCCAUGAAGAUGCUGAAGCACUGGAAACGCAUAUUAUGGAGGUUCGCAUGAGGUUGUUUGGAGAGGAGCAUCCCAACACGCUCAGAACCAUGGCAAACCUGGCAUUGACAUAUCAGAGUCAAGGUCGGCUCCAGGAAGCCGAAUCGCUGCAAAAAGAAGUCGUCGCAAUUCAAAGGAGAAUACAUGGAGAUGAUGAUUCAACAAGCCUGCUUUUCAUGUUCAACCUCCAAUCGAUAUAUCAGAGCCAGGGUCGAUUCCAGGAAGCCGAAGAAUUACAAUUGCAAGUACUUCAAGGCCGAAGAAUUGUCUUAGGAGAGGAAGAUCCUCAAACCUUAGACAGCCUAUAUAGCCUGGCUUGGAUCUGUAAGAGUCUUGGGACCCAAGUACUGGGGGAAAAGCAUUCGGGCACCCUCCAGUGCAUAAAAUUUUUGGAAAGUUGGCGUGUUGAGUCUACGCCAAAAGAAAAUGACAAGGAGAAUGACAUAAGUUCACCAGGCUUAGAGAAGCAAGCCGAGGUGCCUCAAAACGGCAUUGAAAGUUCGAAAUUUGGUCGACUUCGAACCAAAGUCUUGUGGAAAUCGUCCCAGUGGAAGAAGAGAAAGUCCAAAUAA